UAGUCCUUACCGGCUGACGAUGCCGAGGUCAUACUGGAUGGAGUCGGAGGCGAAUCAUGAAUCUCUUUCUCUGAUAGUCUCCCGUGCUCGAGGAUUGUCGUUCCUUCGCCCGGAGAAGGCGUGGAGACCCAUCGUCACGAUUGAUUUCGACCAGCAUCCGCAGUACGAGAUCUGCCUUGGAUGUAAUGGGGAGAACCCCAACCAGAAGGCAUACCUCCCUUUGAAACCGACGAAGUUGGAUUCGAAGCUGGAGGUCCGAGUUUGGCACAAACCGCCGAGCAAGAAGAAGCGGAAAACGGUCCUCGUCGCGUCCACGUCGGUCACUCUGAAGGAGUUAGUGAAUCGGCAGCAUCCCAGGAAAGGGCUCGAUGUCCGCCUCAGCUCGUGCCGUUCGGGGACAAAUGUUCCGAGAAAAGGUCAACACCCCACAAGUGCAUCCAUAACAUUGAAGCUUCUGCUACCGUCCACCUCCCAUAUAUCAACGGCUCAGUCGACAACGGAGGAUACGACGCUGUGCGAGGAAUCAGAUGGGUUUGAUGGUGGCUUUUCAGACAAAAUUGAUUGUACCGAUGCCUCAGUUGAACCCGCGGACGAUUGCAGCCAAACAGAUCACGGAUAUUCUGAAACUCACGCGGAGCCGGAAGCACAAAUUCGUCGACGUCGAAGGAAGCCUCGAGGUUACAAAAUCUUCACCUCUGACGAAUCGUGCUUGGAUACCGACGGCGAGAGCUCCAUGGGCAUCCAGGAAGGCAAUGACCUCCCUGGCUACGAUGAGGACGAAGCGACCGAAUCUGACCUCCUGGAAGAGAAGGCAUUACAUCCACCGCCGUACAGUGUCGUGUCGUUCAUCGCAGCUCGUAUACUACCUCAAUACUCCACGGAUCAGUUCAGCGUCCAAUCUUCUGCUUCAUUUGCGGACUCGAUCGCCUCUAGUUCACUCUCCCUUGCGCAGUCGACAGUGUCAUCCUUCUCUUUCUACACGGAGCUUCGCGGUACGGAGCUUACAAGUCCGGAAGCAGAUGAAGCUGUGGAACGUGUGCUCGGGCGUCUGCGGACCGAGUGGUCUGCAUCCGGAAUGUUUCUUAUCGCACUUGCGACCCUGGCCGUGACCGUUUUCGGGUUCUCUCCAGAUUCAAUAUCCCCAAUGGACUCGUUCUCCAAGCGUGCGGUCGCCGCAGCGAGCGUUUCAUCGGGCGUGGGGCUGUGCAUAGAUGCCCUCUACAUCGUACGAUACCAUGGUGUCGAUGCGGAGCGCUUCCGGCAACUGGCCCUAGACUCGUACGGCACUUAUUUCUUCUUCUGCCUGACGAGCCGCGUGCCUGCGCUAUGCUUGAUCAUCUCAGCAAGCUCAUUGAUGUUCUUCCUCGUAUGCGUGGCAUACGAGAUGUGGUCCAGCGCAACGCUGACCAUGUUGUUCUUCUUCGGCCUGGUGAUGGGACUGAACUACAUCGUGUGGAUCGUCCAUCAAUCUUUCAAGGUCCUGGUCCGAGCGCCAGGUUACAUCAAACGCCAAUGCGUACGGCUCGCUGGUUUUUUCACUACCCGACGGAGCGCCGCACCACUGGUAGCAGAACCCGGACCUAUGGCCGCACACGAACGCCCGGCAAUGCCUACCAAGCCCGCGCAGGCUAGGACAGCCUAGCUGCAACGCAAAUGCCAUGGACGACCCCGGCCGGAGAUUAAACGCAUCGUCAGCACACCGCCACCCGGUGCAGGUUACCCCAGCUCAUUCAGCUCGAUCCUCUCCCGAGUUUCGGGGGCUGCAGUAAAAGGGGCGCUCCAUCCAUAGAGCAUCAGUGAUGCAUAUCUCCGCGACUCAUGCCCGCACAACCACCGUAAUUUGCGUUAAGUUGGGAAACCCUGCGGAACGUGGCAAUGAUAUACACGAUAUAUAUCUGGGAACUCAAGCUCCCUUAUCAUCGUCGCUCUCGACUUAUUCUCGAUCGGUCAUGUCAUCAUACAAGUUGCCUCCGCUGCACUUCAUCCCAUCGCCGAUUUCUUGCGCGCGAUAUCGUUGGAAAACUUGG